AUGAUUGGUAGAACUCUCAAUGUUGAGAGUGAUCCUUUUAGGCCCUGCGAAGAUAACGAGAAGAUAUUAGGUCCAGAAGUACCUUAUAUGAGUGCUAUCGGUGGGCUGUUAUAUCUUGCAAACUGUACCAGACCAGAUAUAGCUUUUGCUACUAAUCUACUGGCGAUAUAUAGUUCUGCUCCUACUCGCAGGCAUUGGGAUGGAAUAAAACAUUUAUUCCGUUACCUUCAAGAAACUAUUGCGCUUCACGAAGCAUGUCGAGAAUGUGUGUGGCUUCAGUCAAUGAAUCACCAUAUACAAGAAUCAAGCGGAAUAGUCAACGAGAAAAAGCCGACGAAAAUAUUUGAACACAAUUCGGCUUGUGUUGCUCAACUUAAAGAAAGCUAUAUCAAGAGCGACAGAACAAAGCACAUCCCUCCAAGAUUUUUCUCGUACAUACGGGAACUCGAGAAAAAUAAAGAAGUGGACAUCGAGUAUGUACAGUCAUGCGAAAAUCGAGCUGACUUGUUCACCAAAGCUCUUCCGACUACAACAUUCCGAAAAGAUGUCUACGGUAUUGGAAUGCGACAUUUGCGUGACUUGUGA